UCCAGACCUCAGGCUCUGUCUGGCCAAGGAGGGCACAGCACCAGGCACCAUGGGGAAGGCAGAGAAUUACGAGCUCUACUCAGUGGAGCUGGGGACUGGCCCUGGUGGAGAAAAGAAUGCCAAGAUGAGCAAGAAGAAGGCAGGUGGUGGGGGAGGCAGGAAGAAGGAGAAGCUGGAAAGCAUGAAGAAGGAGAUGGAGAUGAACGACCACCAGCUGUCCGUGGCUGAGCUGGAACAGAAAUACCAGACCAGCGCCACCAAGGGCCUUUCUGCGAGCCUGGCAGCCGAGUUACUGCUGCGGGAUGGGCCCAAUGCGCUGAGGCCACCUCGGGGCACCCCGGAGUACAUCAAGUUCGCCAGGCAGCUGGCAGGAGGUCUGCAAUGCCUCAUGUGGGUGGCUGCUGCCAUCUGCCUCAUCGCCUUUGCCAUCCAGGCCAGUGAGCAUGACCUCAGCAAUGAUGACAAUCUGUACCUGGCCCUGGCCCUCAUCGCCGUGGUCGUGGUCACUGGCUGCUUCGGCUAUUAUCAGGAGUUCAAGAGCACCAACAUCAUCGCUAGCUUCAAGAACCUCGUGCCCCAGCAAGCUACAGUGAUCCGAGAUGGGGACAAGUUCCAGAUCAACGCAGAUCAGCUUGUGGUGGGUGACCUGGUGGAGAUGAAAGGUGGGGACCGCGUGCCUGCAGACAUCCGCAUCCUGUCGGCCCAGGGCUGCAAGGUGGACAACUCCUCGCUCACCGGAGAGUCCGAGCCACAGACCCGCUCGCCCGAGUGUACACACGAGAGCCCCCUAGAGACCCGCAACAUCGCCUUUUUCUCCACCAUGUGCCUCGAGGGCACAGCCCUGGGCCUGGUGGUGAGCACAGGUGAUCGGACCAUCAUUGGACGCAUUGCAUCUCUGGCCUCAGGCGUGGAAAAUGAGAAGACGCCCAUUGCUAUUGAGAUCGAACAUUUUGUGGACAUCAUCGCAGGCCUGGCCAUCCUCUUUGGGGCCACAUUUUUUGUGGUCGCCAUGUGCAUUGGUUACACCUUCCUGCGGGCCAUGGUCUUCUUUAUGGCCAUUGUGGUGGCCUAUGUGCCUGAGGGGCUGCUGGCCACUGUCACAGUCUGCCUGUCUCUGACAGCCAAGCGGCUGGCCAGUAAGAACUGUGUAGUCAAAAACCUGGAGGCUGUGGAGACCCUGGGCUCCACCUCAGUGAUCUGUUCGGACAAGACAGGGACUCUCACCCAGAACCGCAUGACGGUGUCUCAUCUGUGGUUUGACAAUCAUAUCCACACAGCCGACACUACAGAGGACCAGUCAGGACAGACGUUUGACCAGUCCUCGGAGACGUGGCGGGCGCUGUGCCGCGUGCUCACUCUGUGCAACCGUGCUGCCUUCAAGUCCGGCCAGGACGCAGUACCAGUACCCAAGCGUAUCGUGAUCGGAGAUGCUUCCGAGACUGCGCUGCUCAAAUUCUCAGAGCUGACGCUGGGCAACGCCAUGGGCUAUCGCGACCGCUUCCCCAAAGUCUGUGAGAUCCCCUUCAACUCCACCAACAAGUUCCAGCUGUCCAUCCACACCCUGGAGGACCCGCGCGACCCUCGGCACCUGCUGGUGAUGAAGGGCGCCCCCGAGCGCGUGCUGGAGCGCUGCAGCUCCAUCCUGAUCAAGGGCCAGGAGCUGCCGCUGGAUGAGCAAUGGCGGGAAGCUUUCCAGACUGCCUACCUCAGCCUGGGAGGCCUGGGCGAGCGCGUGCUGGGCUUCUGCCAGCUCUACCUGAAUGAGAAGGAAUACCCACCUGGCUAUGCCUUUGACGUGGAGGCCAUGAACUUUCCAAGCAGCGGCCUCUGCUUUGCGGGACUCGUAUCCAUGAUUGACCCGCCAAGGGCCACUGUCCCCGAUGCUGUGCUCAAGUGCCGCACAGCAGGCAUCCGGGUGAUCAUGGUAACAGGUGACCAUCCCAUCACAGCCAAGGCCAUCGCAGCCAGUGUGGGCAUCAUCUCGGAAGGCAGCGAGACCGUGGAGGACAUUGCUGCCCGCCUCCGAGUGCCUGUGGACCAGGUCAAUCGGAAGGAUGCCCGUGCCUGUGUGAUCAAUGGCAUGCAACUGAAAGACAUGGACCCUUCAGAGCUGGUGGAGACACUGCGCACCCACCCCGAGAUGGUGUUCGCUCGCACCAGUCCCCAGCAGAAGCUGGUGAUUGUAGAGAGCUGCCAGCGACUGGGUGCAAUUGUGGCUGUGACAGGGGACGGUGUGAAUGACUCCCCGGCCCUGAAGAAGGCAGACAUUGGCGUGGCCAUGGGCAUCGCUGGCUCAGAUGCUGCUAAAAAUGCAGCCGACAUGAUCCUGCUGGAUGACAACUUUGCCUCCAUUGUGACGGGCGUGGAACAGGGCCGGCUGAUCUUUGACAACCUGAAGAAGUCCAUCGCCUAUACACUGACCAAGAACAUUCCAGAACUGACCCCCUACCUCAUUUACAUCACUGUCAGCGUGCCCCUGCCCCUCGGGUGCAUCACCAUCCUCUUCAUAGAGCUCUGCACUGACAUCUUCCCUUCUGUGUCCCUGGCAUAUGAGAAGGCUGAGAGUGACAUCAUGCACCUGCGUCCACGGAACCCAAAGCGUGACCGCUUGGUCAAUGAGCCCCUGGCUGCCUACUCCUACUUCCAGAUCGGUGCCAUCCAGUCAUUUGCCGGCUUUACUGACUACUUCACCGCCAUGGCCCAGGAGGGCUGGUUCCCUCUGCUAUGCGUGGGCCUACGGCCUCAUUGGGAGAACCAUCACCUGCAAGAUCUUCAGGACAGCUGGCCAGGAGACAGCUAUGGCCAGGAGUGGACAUUUGGGCAGCGCCUGUACCAGCAAUAUACUUGCUAUACUGUGUUCUUCAUCAGCAUCGAGAUGUGCCAGAUUGCAGAUGUCCUCAUCCGCAAGACACGCCGCCUCUCUGCUUUCCAGCAGGGUUUCUUCAGGAACAAGAUCCUGGUGAUCGCCAUCGUCUUCCAGGUCUGCAUUGGCUGCUUCCUGUGCUACUGCCCUGGGAUGCCUAACAUCUUCAACUUCAUGCCCAUCCGGUUCCAGUGGUGGCUGGUCCCCAUGCCCUUUGGCCUCCUCAUCUUUGUCUAUGAUGAGAUCCGGAAACUCGGAGUUCGCUGUUGCCCAGGGAGCUGGUGGGACCAGGAACUCUACUAUUAG